CUCCAGGAGGGUGUACAGUCCCCCUCCCUCGCUCAUUCCUGCUACUUUUUUUCACCUCCUGGUUUUUCUCCCGCAUUUCCUUAUGCCAUCUUCUUCCCUUCAUUGCAAAUGUCGCGUCUCGGAGUGUUUUUCAGCCCUGUGGUACCCAGGACCACCUGCUGGCCUUGGGAGGGAGUUCCUUUCUUGAUGCACAAGAUCCCCUCCCGAGAGGCACUGAGAUGCGACAAGCAGCCUUUGCCUCAGUUAGCUUUAAUGGGCUCUGGGCUGGGUUUACUAAUUAGGCAACUUGGGAGGUUUCAGAUCAGCUUUCACCCUCUGAGCCCCUGAAGAAACUGGGAGAUGCACUGCCUCUGCAUCCCUAGUAGUGCCCACGCUUUUGUACUGUUAGAGUGUUUUAGAGGGGAAGCUUUGUGAAGGAAGUGUGACUCGAAUAUGGGAGAAGACUAUCUCUGGGGGAGGGGUUGGUAGAAACUGGAUAGACAAAUGAAACUGAAAUGUGAGGAUUCCUGAGCAGGUCGGAAUUCUGGCUGAAGCAAAAGAUCUCUGUUGGGGAGGAGUAAGGUAUAGGAAGACAGCAGGGCCGGUUGACACAGGGCCUUGAAUUCCAAGAUCAAUUCCGCUGUAGCUUGUAUAUUCAAGAGCGUGCUGGUUAGGGUGUUCUGUAAUUCAGUGUGUAUCAAAUACCCAGAUUGAUUUUGGAGAUGAUGGAGAGUGAUGAUAUCUGAUUAGAAGUUGGAGCUGAUUCUGUCAGCAGCAAUAUCUAGCAAGAUUACAGAAUUUGGAGUUUUGGGGCCCAGGGAAAAUUUCCAGGCUUUUUUUUUUGCAUUCCAAGUUAUCUUUGUACACUUUUGUUGUUCAAAGAGUUCUUAGUCUUUGAAGAUAGAUUUGGGUAAAUUGCUGUUUUCAGGAUCUGAAUUCCUUGCCAUGAUAUGAUGAACGAUAUUGUAGAUUGACUGGAAUAGUGGUUUAGUGAUCAGUGUUAUGAUUAUGAACGUUCAUUCCCAGACCAGUUCCCGUAACCUACCGUGUGCUCAAGUUUGAAAAAGUACACCAUAGAAAAAUUCCAGUUACUCUCAAAUAAAAUGAAAAUAAUCAAACUUGUGUCAGUUAACAGCCGUCAACGAGAGUUCAUUCAGUGUACCCUGCUGCGUUCUGGGGUGGAUGAAUAACUUCUUGGUCCUGAUGCCGGAUCAUGGGGAUGUGAGCCUCCCACCUGAAGACCGGGUGAGGGCUCUCUCCCAGAUGGGUAGUGCUGUGGAGGUAAAUGAAGACAUUCCACCCCGCCGGUACUUCCGCUCUGGAGUUGAGAUUAUCCGAAUGGCAUCCAUUUACUAUGAGGAAGGCAACAUUGAACAUGCCUUUAUCCUCUAUAACAAGUAUAUCACGCUGUUUAUUGAGAAACUACCAAAGCAUCGAGAUUACAAAUCAGCUGUCAUUCCUGAAAAGAAAGAGACAGUAAAGAAGUUAAAGGAGAUUGCAUUUCCCAAAGCAGAAGAGCUGAAGGCAGAGUUGUUAAAACGAUAUACCAAAGAAUAUACAGAAUACAAUGAAGAAAAGAAGAAGGAAGCGGAGGAGUUUGCCCGGAGCAUGGCCAUCAAGCAGGAGCUUGAAAAGGAAAAGCAGAGGGUAGCACAACAGAAGCAGCAACAAUUGGAACAGGAGCAAUUCCAUGCCUUUGAAGAGAUGAUCCGGAACCAGGAGCUAGAGAAGGAACGACUGAAAAUUGUACAGGAGUUUGGGAAGGUGGACCCUGGCCUAGGUGGCCCACUGGUGCCUGACUUGGAAAAACCCUCCUUAGAUGUGUUCCCCACCACACCUCCGUCAUCCACACAGCCUUCAGACUGUAAUACACGUGUAAGGCCAGCUAAGCCGCCUGUGGUGGACAGGUCUUUGAAACCUGGAACGCUGAGCAACUCAGAAAGUAUUCCUACAAUUGACGGGCUACGCCACGUGGUGGUGCCUGGGAGGCUGUGCCCACAAUUUCUCCAGUUAGCCAGUGCCAACACUGCCCGGGGAGUAGAGACAUGUGGAAUUCUCUGUGGAAAACUGAUGAGGAAUGAAUUUACCAUUACCCACGUUCUUAUCCCCAAGCAAAGUGCUGGGUCUGAUUAUUGCAACACAGAGAACGAAGAAGAACUCUUCCUCAUACAGGACCAGCAGGGUCUCAUCACACUGGGCUGGAUUCAUACUCACCCCACACAGACUGCCUUUCUCUCCAGUGUUGACCUACACACUCACUGUUCCUACCAGAUGAUGCUGCCAGAGUCCAUAGCCAUUGUCUGCUCCCCCAAGUUCCAAGAAACUGGAUUCUUUAAACUAACAGACCAUGGACUAGAGGAAAUUUCUUCCUGUCGCCAGAAAGGAUUUCAUCCACACAGCAAGGAUCCACCUCUAUUCUGUAGCUGCAGCCACGUGACAGUUGUGGACAGAGCGGUGACCAUCACAGACCUUCGAUGAGAUUUUGACCAAACACCUUCCCAGAACUCUAACACCAUAUCAGUGUACUGUACCCCCUUAAUUUAAAAUUUCCAGGAAGCUUUGGAAGCUUUCUUAGACAGAAAAGAAAGCGGACAUCACCAGGGAGAGCUGAUUUUCUAUUUCUGAUUUGAAAGAAAUCACUGAAUAUAUUUUUUAGGCAAAUCUGGGGAAAAAAGCAUGAAUUAUCUUAAAGCAGCUUUUCAGUCUGCCCGAAACUCAGAUUUCAAAAGCUAAGAAAACUUGAAAGAAUGGUAUAAUGAACGCCCAUAUACCCUUUAUUUUAGAGUUACCGAUUGCUAACAUUUUUUCCUCUCAGCUAUUCUGAUUUCUCUGCCAGAUUGUUUAUUAUUUACCUUCCGACUAAAUAAGGGCAUCUAUGCAGGAAUUUGGAAGCCAUCUAGAAAAUCUUUUGGGUUUCCCUGUGGUUUAUGGCAAUAUUAGCAGAGCUCAUUACAAGGGUAAGGGAGAUUGACAGCUCUGAGCAGAUGGUGAGGCUUGCAAACCCUGAAAAAAUAUUUUGUCAGGAAGUAUUAUUAUUUAACAUAUAAUUCAGGAUAUUUUUCCUCUACAAUAAAAUAACAAUUGACUUAA